AAAAAAGGCCACCUGAGGUCAUUCUCAAAAUAUAUACACAGAGCUAACACCAUUUUUCAAAGGCAAUUUUUGCCCACUCUUUCAAACAUUAGAUUCAAAAUUACUAGGAUGGAAAAAGAUUCUGGCAGCCAGACUGCAGUUCUCUGAAAUGUGCUUCAGAUCCAUGACCUGGGGUAGAAGAGGACCUCCUGUGCCCACAGUAGCCCAUCAGAGAGAGGGAGCUGCGGCCAGCCCGCCUCGGGCUCACAGGAGUCCGGGCCUCCCCGAGCCUCAGUCCCCCUUCGGUACAACUGAGAGGCCCGUGGGAGCCGAGGGACAGGAACGAGCGCGCACACCCGGAGGCCAGCCAGGCUUGUUGGGGGUGACUUUCCCUUCCCACCCCCCACCCCCCAUUAGUCUACAGAAAUGACCCUUUAUCAUGAACACACUAGACAUUUACUGAGCACCCACCUGUUUCUAGGCUCCUAUCUGACUUACGUUGGGAAAGCUCGUCCCAGCUGCUGAGCCGAAGGCAGACAGACUGUCACAGGAAAAAGCAGAAGCAGAGAGACUAGGGGCUGUUUCGGAUGAUCAGUGGGAAGUGAAGGUGGUGAGCAGGGCUUCCGAUCCUGCUUCGGCAGCACGUAGGAACGCAGGAGUGAGGGAGGACAAUAUGCUAGUGACUCCAGUGGCCAGAACCCGUCUCCCGAGCCUGUUCAGCUCCCCCAGGUUCUUCCACAGUGAUACGAUUGCAUUUUUCUAAGACAAACCUCCAUUAGAUUUAAAAAAAAAAAAAAAAAAUUGAAAACUUUUCUAAACAUUGCUGUUUACGUGAUUCUUUUUUUUCUGGCCUACAUUCUCUUAUGUAAUUGCCUACGGUCUCAGAAUCACUUUCCAGCUCAUGAUGCCAGUUUUUCCAAGCCCCCUGUAAACUAGGCAAAGCUGGUAUUUUCUGCAUCUUACCAAGAGGUAAGCUGAGAGCCAAGGGAGACUGAGUGCUCGGUGGCACCUACUGCAGGGCUAGGAGCACAGUGGAGUCUGAAACCCAGGUCAUGGACUUGGAGAGGAAGUAAGAUGCACUCCAGGGGACUGCGGUGAUGGUCAGGGUCAGUGCUGAGUGAGAGAGAAUGACCUCCCAAAGCUGUCAGUCCAAGCCCUGUUUCAGGCAGGCCCAUGGUCCCGUGGAGAGGACGAGGCCUGGGCUCAGAGAGCCCCGAGCCCCGGCUCAAGCACUGCACGCCGUCGGGCCUCUGCGUCCCCAGCUGUGAGCCCAGGACUCAGGUCUGUCUACUUCAGGGAGUUACGAAUCUAAGUCUCUUUGGUGUGAAAAUUGAUUUCGGUUUGCCUAAGUAACAUUUAUCUAAUUUCAUCUUUAAUCACCUCUGUCAUGGGUAGUCUUCAGUUCCAUAUAACGGUCUCUUGGUCUAGAAGCCGAAGGCAUACAUCCCUCAGUGUAUUGAUCUAAUAAACUGCGAUCAGGGUUUAGAAAGGCGCAGAGGUUUUAAAACUAGUCUCAACUUUGGAAACCCACACCGUAUUUACCUAUCAUUUCAAAACACCUGUGGGAUGGCCUCGUUCAUUACCUGUCAGUAGGUAGAAAGAGGAUUUCAGUGCUGCUUUGAAUGACGCUACUCCACAUAACGUGACUGUAAGGCCCUUCAGUGGUAUUUUCCUCAAGAGACUCCUUAGAUAUUGAUCAGUGGAAUAAAGUCAUUGAGCAGCUAGGAACGCCGUCUGCGGAUUUUAUGAAGAAACUUCAGCCGACUGUGAGGAAUUAUGUAGAAAACAGACCGAAGUACCCUGGCAUCAAGUUUGAAGAGCUCUUCCCAGAUUGGAUAUUCCCAUCAGAAUCCGAACGAGACAAAAUUAAAACAAGUCAAGCCAGAGAUUUGUUAUCGAAAAUGUUAGUGAUAGAUCCCGACAAGCGAAUCUCUGUCGACGAAGCUUUACGUCACCCUUACAUUACCGUUUGGUAUGACCCUGCUGAAGCCGAGGCGCCACCACCUCAGAUUUACGACGCCCAAUUGGAAGAAAGAGAGCAUGCAAUUGAAGAGUGGAAAGAGCUGAUAUACAAAGAAGUGCUGGACUGGGAAGAGAGAAGCAAGAACGGUGUGGUCAAAGAUCAGCCUUCAGAUGCAGCGGUAAGCAGCAACGCCACUCCUUCCCGGUCGUCAUCCAUCAACGACAUCUCAUCCAUGUCCACCGAGCAGACGCUGGCCUCAGACACAGACAGCAGCCUCGAUGCCUCGACGGGACCCCUCGAAGGUUGCCGAUGAUAAGUCAUGAGCCGCAAGCUCGCCAGCAGUGAAGGAACUCCCGCUUCCAUAGGCCUGAAAGGCUUGGGGGGUUGAUGGAACCAAAUAGAAAAAAACUCCAUGUUCUGCAUGUAAGGAACACGAUGCCUUGCCCUGCUCAGUUCCAAUAGGAUUGCCUGCCUAGAUUAUACAAUGAAGCAGACUAUGUCUGAAGAACACAAGUGCAAGCCACACUCGUAGAGAUUUUGUGCAAGGUCAUUUCAGGUGAGCAAUUAGAAUAGAUGAUUUUUUUUUAAAGUUGUACGGUAAUAGUAGUGACAAUUUCUCAUCCUCAGUAACUGUUGGGACAUAUAUGCAUGUGACCACGUGUGCUUGCUCAGGCUUGCCAUCUAGCACUUUGGAAAUCAGUAUUUAAAUGCCAAAUAAUCUUCCAGGUAGUGCUGCUUCCAGAAUUAUCUCUUAAUCCUCUUAAGUAAUUUGGUGUCUGUCCAGGAAAAAUACAUUUAUGUGUAUUAAUUGGCCACCAUCAUAUUAUCGUAUCUUACCUUCUUUUAUGGUAUGAUUUAUUCUAUCUUUUGUAUUUCAGAAGGAAUAUAAUUAAAUCUAUUUAAUAAAUAAAAAAAUACAACUUUUCUUAAAUUUGUCAUGUUUUGGGCUGAGGAUUAUCACUGCUAAAACCAAGAGACCUAUAUGGACACUUUGUUUCCUCUAAAUUGUCUUAGUCUGGGAUGACUGUACAUUCAGCUUUAUUGCAUGAUAAAAUUUUAAGUUUUGUGCUGCUUAAGACGUAUAUGCCUUUACAGUCCUAAUCUGCCCUCGCUCCUUUCUCCUGGUCUUCUGGACUCAUUAAUUUAAAAUGCCACCUAAAACUUCACCUUCUUUAUAAGGCACCUAACACUCCACAUCAAUAACACAAUGGCAGAUUCUCAAAUCCAUUAGAGGCGAGAGUAGAAUUUGACAAAAACGGUCACUGAAGACAACGGCAGUGACUUCUUCCAAGUGCUUGCUUCCCCCGAGACUGGUCAGGGUCGUUCCCGGGGGAGGCACCAUCUCCCAGGGCAGCGUUUCCGGUUUCCAACCUAACGUUCUUCCUCGAUUUUCUUUCUUUGCUGAAAGAAACCCCAUAAACCGCCUCCCUCCUCCCCCCACCCCUCCACUUGGGUCUGUUGUAGGAAGCAAGGCGAUUCAGGACACCUCUGUGAUGGUGGUGUUUCCCAGUUCAUGGAGCAUUUCUUUUUCCUAAGGGAAACCCAUGAAUUUUCUGGGAAACCUCCUCACAGGGUUAUGGAGGAAGCACCCUCAAGAGUAGUGAUUAACUAUUGACUAUUUUCUGAUCUAAAACUGCUCACCUGAAAUUGAUGCUUUCAGACUUUCUGAUGUGGAAAUCAUUCAGAGUUCCCGAAGUUACUGAGUAUUGAAGUGUCACUACAGAAAUGGGGUUACGAUGGUCACAUUUUGGCUCCCUGUGCUCGUAAUGCUUAUCCCUUGAGCUUAUUCUGUUACAAAUUCCUAUCUUGUGUUUAACUGUUUGGGAAGCUACUGGGUCAACAUUCUAUAGAAUGUGUUCUGAGGAGGAACUUUGACAAGAAAGUUUAUUAUAAAUAUUAUCUAAAAUAUAUGAUUCUCUCUGCACCAGUUGUAUCGUUGGUUGGUCUUAUCACUGGAAACUGGAACCCUUGAUGAACAAAAUUAGUAUUGAAGUACUAGUUUUAUAUUGUGAGGUUUAGACGCAUUCAAGUACAAGAGGAAAUGCUGACUUGGAUUGAAGCAGAAACACCUAUGAUAUGGCUUAGGAUGGUUUUGGUUUUGGAGGCCUGAUGGUACAGUGAAGAAAGUUACCAUUAUACAUAUAUAAACAUCUUAAAACGGCCUUCUCUCUAAUAUACAUUCUUUAACAAGACUUCACUAAAUCUAUCUUUAAAAAGAAAAAGGAGAGUUUUAAAAAUGCAUCAUCUGCCCUAGGCUUCUGUGAACACGGCACGGGGAUGCUGAGGGCACAUGAAGCUCCUGCUUGUGAGGUGCCCUUUGUGAGUGGAGCCGGGUGCCACCCACAGUCUGGGUUCUGGUCAGUUCUGCCUCCGUGCAUUCACGGGGGCAGCCUGUGUUGGUGUGGGUGGGCUUCCUGCCAUGCCCACCUUCCACCGGGGAGCAGCGAGCACACCUAGGACAGGCCGCGGGGCUGCAGACAGCAGAACUCUGUAGAAAUACCUCACCCCACGUCAGGGUCCUCCCCCUGAGCCGAGACGUGCCGAGGUCCUGGUGCAGUGUAGACAGUUUCAAACUGCUCUCGAUGGCUGAAUGCUGACGUUGGAAAAAGAACUAAAACGUGCUCAACUUUUUCAUCUUUUCUAUUUUAUUUUUGUAAUUUAUACUGUACACAACCCUGGAAGUAACUAUUUUGGACACAUAUUUUUCUAAACCAGGUAAUUUGUCAUUAGCCUGGAAUUUGGACUAGGUUUAUUUUAUCUGUUGGCUUCGUUUUCAGUCAAAAAGGAAAUAACUGCCUCCCCCAGGUUGGGUCUUGACCUCAAGUGCAGGUUUUGGAGAGCAGAUAGGGUCUCUCGGAGCAGGAGAACAUUGUGGAAACACAGACUGCUCAGUAUUGAUCAGUCACGGUCGUGGAAACGGCAGCAGGGCUCUGUUCUCCUCUCUGGGACGCAAAACCCAGAGCCUCCGUGCUGGAAGGAGAAAAACCUUGGCAGGGCCCCCUGCUGACACCCAGAGCCCCUGGUUGAACCGCUGGAUGGGAUCCCGCUUGAAUCCAGAUCUGAUGCCCUGUAUGUAAGUCAUGGUAACGAUGUAGGAGUUCGUCCGGUUGAUUUCUAACGUCCUCCUCUGGUGUUUCAUGCUGGUAGCAAAUACAGGUGUGACCUUCAGAUGGCAGAUCUCAAAAGUAACAUUGCCUAAUGUUUUAUAAUAAAAUAUAUUAUGUGUGUUUUGAUUGGUGAAAAUAAUACAGAUACAUUUUAAAAGAGAA